CGCGUAUUGGGGAAUUCAUAGUUAGCUACGUUGUUAUUCACGUUCCCAUAUAUUCUGUGUUUAGCUAGCUAGUAAUCUGUUUACCGUUCCCUUUUAAAAGCUCCUUCUGUACAAAGUUGUCGAAGUGGCAGUUGUUUAAAUAUUUUGUCACUAUGGAUGUUUGGAGAAAGUUUCGUCGCUCCCACAACUUGUAUUGGUCCGCUUUCGUGGCGUGUUAUUGUAGCCAGUAACGUAACGUUACUGUUAGCUAGCUUAGCAUAGGUCGGUGGCUUUCCCAGUCAAAUCUCAGCCUUUCCUGUUUACUCUUGGACGGCAGGAGUUGAGCACUUUAUUCCAGGGACUCGGCCUAGUCUAGUAGUGACUUUCUUCUAAGGUAAAGGCUUAGCUACAUUUCUAAACUUUUUCUGAAGUUAACAGAUAUGACACCAAAAAUGGUAUAGACGUUGUUCAUCGUUUCUUCUGACUACAGUUACAAAGACGUUUUGCUAACUUACUAAGUUAGCUAGUUUAGCUAGACCAAACACAGGCUACCUUACUUUGCGCAUGUGUAAACAAAUAGCUAAAACACAUUCAUGUUGUGAAUAAUUACACUUGAAGGAAUAGCAGUGGUGACACCCUGCAGUUAAUUAACUCUAUAAAGCUGGAACGAACUGUGUGAGUGAGAAAUAAUGUUUGCUAACUAGCUAGCUAGUUACGUUAGAUGCUGAUGGAGGAUGGUAUUCCAUCACAACAAGAGGAUAACGUUAGAUUCACAAGAAUUUAGCAACUCAUUUAACUAGCUACACGAGACCAGUCUGUUUUUCUGUACUUUGUUUAAGAUCGGGUAUCUAUUGCUUAUUAUAUAUUGAUACAAAAUAUUCAGAACUCAAGAAGUUAGUUACUGUACUGUAGCUAUCAAAAAUGGGAUAAUCUCGGAACACAGAACCAAAUUCUCGCGUGAACGCUAAUUUGGGAAAGAGGGGAUGUGGGCCUAAAUCUGUGCUAGCGAACCAUGAAGUUGUUGAUGGAAUGAUGAUUGACAUGUAUUUGGUGGUGUUUUCCCCUCUACAGGUAUCUCACCAAUCUUCAAGGCCUCCAAAAUGUCGAUUUUAGGAUUAAAAAAGAAACAACCAAAGACUUUUAAGGUCAAAGUCAUCACUAUGGAUGCUGAAAUGGAGUUUAGUUGUGAGGUAAUGUACUUUUGCCUUAUUGUAAUGAUGACAUUACAUUUUCGUGUGUAUGACAAACAGCAACAGUAGCUGAAAUAGUAGUCUUGAAUGCCCCACCCCCACACUUCCUCCCUCAACACGGUCAUGUUAGAAAACUGUACAAAGAAUUAUUAAUGCUAAUAUUCUCUGUCACCUCUGCUCCCCCGUCUCUCAGGUGAAAUGGAAAGGGAAGGACCUGUUUGAUCUGGUGUGUCGGACAGUGGGUCUGAGGGAAACCUGGUUCUUUGGGCUCCGGUACACAGUGAAGGAAACCUAUGCAUGGCUGAAAACAGAGAAACGGGUGAGUGAGAGACUGAAGGAGAGAAGAGGGGAGCAGGGCUUGAGGGGAGGCAGGAGAGAAGAGGAAGGGAUAGGUCUUGAUAGGAGAGAGAGAAGGAGUGGAGGGAGGGGUGUGAGGGAGAGGAGUAGAUGGGGGGGGGGGGGGGGGGAGGGAGAGAGAAGGAAAGAUAGCAAGAGAAUGAAAAAAUCAGACACGUCAUUGCCUAACAGUAUUGAUUUUUUGUUUGUGUGUAUGCAGGUCUUGGAUCAAGAGGUCCCUAAAGACUCGCCGAUAACGUUUCACUUCCUGGCCAAAUUCUUCCCAGAGAAGGUAGAAGAAGAGCUGGUGCAGGAAAUCACACAACACCUCUUCUUCCUGCAGGUAAAACAACCACAACUGUAUUUUAACUCUUGUUAAGGAAUCCAGGAAUCUAACGAUGCGUUGAUGUCAAUUAUGUGUAUAUAUACGCGUCAUUGGUUGAUGUCAAUGGGAGAUUAGUACUGCACAUCAUGGAUGUCAAGUUCAGAUUCAUCUCUUUUAUGUUUGAACUUUACUACUGUAGCUUAAUUGUCCUGAAGAGUCUCUUGUCAUGCCAACUGUUUUAAGACUAUCCAGUGUCUCUUCUGAGAAAGGGUUGGGUUAAUGUAACGGAAGCAUGUCUAAUUCCCUCCAGGUGAAAAAGCAAAUAUUAGACGAGGAGAUUUUCUGUUCUCCUGAAGCCUCUGUUCUGUUGGCGUCAUACGCUGUUCAAGCCAAGGUAAGGCCUUUGCUUGUGAUUAUCCUGUGUUGAUGUUAAUGUAUGGGCUGUGUUUUCAAGGCUUCUCCAGAUGUAGAUCCACAUGAAUGUCUAUUCUCUCAUACAGUAUGGGGACUAUGAACCAAACUUUCACAAGCCAGGGUUCUUGGCCCAGGAUGAGCUCCUACCUAAAAGAGUAAGUAGUACCACUUUGGAAUAAAAAAUAAAUAAGGGUAUGUGUGUGCGUGAUCAUGUUAUUUGUGUAUGUUUGGUCAUCUUUUGAUGUGUGUGAUCAUGUUGUUAUUUGUUUGUUUUCCACAGGUUCUGAUGCAGUACCAGAUGACCGCAGACAUGUGGGAGGAGAAGAUCACAGCCUGGUACGCAGAGCACAGAGGCAUCGCCAGGUAAGUCCAGCUGACGCAGCUACUACUACUUAUAUAGAGAAGUCCUGAAGUACUCCCAGCAGUACACAUUCUUGUUGUAGCCUUGGACUAACACACCUAGGGAGCAUUCUGCAGCACACCAUGUUUUGGAACAUUCAGACUGAUGAUUAGUUGAAUAGAAUCAGAUGUGCUUGUGUGGUUCUACGGCAAAAAUGUGUACUGUUGGGGUUACUGGAGGACCGGAGUUGAGAAACACCGCUGUAGAUCAAUAUCUACCAGUACCAGACAAGUCAGAUGUUUCUCCCAUUGAUACAGAACUACAUGACCCAUUGACUUGUGUUGUUGGGCCAGAGACAGUGUUGUCUAAUGAUUGAUGUUUGGUAUGUGUGCUGUUCGCAGGGAUGAGGCGGAGAUGGACUACCUGAAGAUAGCUCAGGACCUGGACAUGUAUGGAGUCAGCUACUUUGCCAUCACUGUGAGUCACUCCUUCAGUCAAACACUUCUCUCUCACUUUGGUUGCGUCCCAAUGAUAUCUCCUUUCUCCUGAAGUGUACACUCGUUCACUACUUUCCACAAAUGUAAAAGCAUUGGAUUGGUGAAGGCAUGGGCUAGAGCAUAGGUCACUAACAGGCGGACCGCGGUCCGGAUCCGGACCCAGAAGCCGUCCCAUACGGACCCGGACCAAAACAAAAGAUUAUGAAUUAAAACCUGACGGGGCGCUUCUAUUUUAAUAUGCACAGCUUUUGUAGUCUUUACGGUACUCGUUUUGUGAAUGAGGAAACUCACCGACCAAUUGCAUGUGAGUUAAGCGAUCCCACGUGAUACCACUCAGCCAAUGAAGUCUUUGCAUUCCUGGCGGUAAACAUUGGGACUCUACAGUGCAGACAGAUGAGAGUUUUAGAGGCAAGUUACCAAGGAAAAGAAAGUCGGAUUAAAAAGAUAGCGAUAUAUGUAGAAAACAAAGGGAGCGAAAACAGACGAAUGAGACGGAGAAAGGGAACGAAACAGACGAGUGAGAAACAGACGAAUGAGACGGAGAAAGGGAGAGAUACAGACGAGUGUGCCGGAGAAAGCUGAGGAAAAUAUGAGUGAGACGGAGAAAGGGAGCGAAACAGACGAGUGAGGCAGAAAAAGGGUAACAGUUAGAGAAAAUAAGGAACAAAUGGCACUCUCCAAAAAAAGAAAAGUGGACAAUGAAAACAGAGCAUUUAAUCCAGAAUGGACAGACUCAUUUCUGUUCAUACUUCCCAAUGGGAGCACUAAACCAGUGUGUCUCAUAUGUGCAGAAACCGUGGCACUUAUUAAAAGUGGCAAUGUGAAACGCCAUUAUGAGACAAAACAUAAAGGUUUUGAACAAACGUACCCACUCAAAUCUGAAUUGAGAUCACAGAAAGUAAGUAGUCUCAGAGCCCAAUAUGACCAGUCCACCAGGAUCCUGAGCAACACAUUCACUGCCCAACAACGUGCUCUUGAGUGUUCCCUCAGUUUCUUGGAUUUUGGGUAAACACAAAAAGCCAUUUACAGAUGGAGGGGUUGUCAAAGAAUGCAUGAGUGCAGUAGCUGAAACACUACUUGAGGGAAAACAAAAAAAUGAGCUUUGUGAUAAAAUAAAGCAAAUUCCCAUGUCAGCAUCAUCUGCCACAAAGAAAAGUGAAAUAUUAACUCAGGAUGUGCUAACCCAGCUAGAUGAAGCCAUGCAUAAGGCACCAUGUGUAGGCUUAGCUGUGGAUGAGUCCACUGACAUAUGUGACAAUGCUCAGCUGUUAGUGUUUGCCAGGUUUUUCAACACAGCCCAGAAAACAUUCUGUGAAGACAUGUUAGGUGUCACUCCCCUUCAGACCAGUACAAGAGGAGAGGAUAUCUACCUGGCCAUUAAGGAGAUGUUAACAAAAAGAGGAAUAGAGCCAAAACAAGUGGUUUCAAUAACCACAGAUGGAGCCCCUUCUAUGAUAGGGAAAGAAAAAGGAGCUGUAGCAAGACUGAAAGGGGACAAUCCUGAGCUUUUAUCUUACCAUUGCAUCAUUCAUCAAUCUGUCCUCUGUGCCUCCCUGUCAGAUGAGCAUGCUGAGGUGAUGAAUACAAUGAUGAAAAUGAUAAAUUUUCUCAGGGCAUCCUCUUCCUACCAGCAUCGCAUGCUUAGGGAAUUCCUCAGAGAAGUUGAUGCCAAUGCUGAUGAUCUUUUGCUGCACAACAAUGUGAGAUGGCUCAGCAAAAGCAGGGUGCUAGAGCGCUUUUGGUCCAUCAGGAGGGAAUUAGCAUCUUUUUUGGCAGAGCUAAGCAGUCAGAAGGCAACACAGUUUUCUCUCUUUUUAGAAAAUGAGAAAUGGAUGGAUAAUGUGGCCUUUUUGGUUGACAUCACGUCACAUCUGAAUGAACUGAAUUUGAGGCUACAGGGCAAGGACAAUUCAAUUUGUGAACUGAUGACAGCUGUUCGCUCCUUUCAGAGGAAACUUGAAGUGUUCAAGGAAGACCUGCAGGGAGACUGUGUACACUUCCCAGCAGUGCAGGAACAGGUUCAGGGACAGAGAGAUUUGUCUUCUUUUGUUGAUUUUAUUGAUAAGCUGAUUGUAAACUUCAGCAACCGUUUUGACAGCUUCAGCUUUGGAGAGCAGCUCACCAUGUUCAUUCAGAACCCAUUUCUGAUCACAGAUGUCAGGGGGUUCUCAAAGGAAGUCACACAGCACUUUAAAUGGGUAAAUGCUGGGUCUCUCCAGAUGCAAUUGGUUGAUCUCCAAGCAGAUGUGGCCCUGAAAGAGCAGUUUGUAAGAACUGACCCUUCCACUUUCUGGUUCCAAAUGGUCCCUGAGACUGCUUUCCCGGGUCUGAGGAAAGUAGCCCUAUACAUCUUGACCAUGUUUGGCUCCACAUACAACUGCGAGGCAGCUUUCGCCACAAUGAACAUAAUUAAAACUAAAUAUCGUUCCAGGCUCACCAAUGAGCACCUUCACAUGUGUAUGAGAAUGGCCCUGACUCCAUUCAAGCCCAGGUUUAAAAUUCUGGCAAGACAGGCUAAAGCUCAAUUCUCUCACUGAGCAAAAACAUGGUGGAGUGGGAUAUGAGGGGAAGAAAGUGAUACUCUAAAACUGUUCAAUUGUUAAGAUCUGUUGAGAUUUAUUAUUUGUAAAAUUGGUUGAGACUGUUGAGUCAAGAUGUGAAACAGAAAAGGGGAAAUUCAAACUUUUCCUCCCUUUAUAUUAUUUUUCUGAAGUUAAGCACUUUUUUUGAAAAUGCACAAUUUUCACAUUUUAUUUAUUUUCUCUUAUUUUGACAUGCAGCCCUAGUUUUAUUUAGUUAAUUAAUGAGAGCACAUUGUACAUAUCUACAGUCAUACAUAUAUGUUCAGUAGGGCUGCCCCUCUUAGUCGAUUAGUCGACUAAUCGGUCGUUUUGGUCUUAGUCGACUAAGAUUUCUUUAGUCGAUAAGUCAUUUUUUAUGCUUAUUCAUGCUUAAUUACUCAUUUCCAAGUAACUUAUGAGAACAUUUCUGGUGAACACGAGAUUUAAAGUGGUGCUUUUGCAGGAUUAAUUUCGGAGAAACUCAGUUUUACAGAUGGUUAAUUAACUACAUUUAUAUUGCGCUUUUCUAGUCUUGCACAGCUCUGUCGAUUUUAAAUCAACUAAUCGAUUAGUCGACAAACUCAUAUAAGUGUUAGUCGACUAAGAAUUUCUUUAGUCGAGGACAACCCUAAUGUUCAGUUCUAUGUUUCGUGAUAAUAAAUAUUGUCAACAAGUUUUUGAAUUGUACUGAAUUAAUUUGAUUAGACGGUCAGUUAUUGAUUACAUUCAGAACUACUAGGCUACUUAAAUAUAUAUACCACUAAAUUGUUAGACAUUAUGAUCUUCUGGACCUUUGCUUCAAAACAUUUUCUCUAACUGGACCUUUUUUAAAUUUUGUUGAAUACCCCUGGGCUAGAGGGAGUCUCCACCAUGUUUCUUAUAACCUCCAGUCAAACAGUAGUUUGUUACCCUCUCUCUUGUGUUUUCAUAUUGUAUAACAGGAAUGGGCUGCGGGCAACUGCAGGACUCACUGGCCUGAUUGGGGAGAAACUUUUGCCCUAGCCCUAGCUGACACCCACCCACCUGACUCUUUUAUAAUCAACCAAUCACUGCCUCCAGUUUAGAAUACAAUUAGUUUAAUCGGCUGUGUUAGCUAGGGCUGGGGAAAAUGUGUGACACCAAUCAGGCCGGGAGUAGGACUUGUUGCCCAUCCUUGUUUAUUUUUUAAAUAUUUUAUUGUCACAUACACCGGAUAGGUGCAGUGAAAUGUGUUGUUUUUGCCAUACGGCGCCGGUGGAGCAAAUUAAAUUCGUCGGGAGCUUCAUGAAAUGGGUUUCCAUGGCUGAGCAGCCGCACACAAGCCUAAGAUUACCAUGCGCAAUGCCAAGCGUCUGCUGGAGUGGUGUAAAGCUCGCCGCCAUUGGACUCCGAAGCAGUGGAAACGCAUUCUCUGGAGUGAUGAAUCAAGCUUCACCAUCUGGUAGUCCAACGGACUAAUCUUGGUUUGGCGGAUGCCAGGAGAACAUUACCUGCCCGAAUGCAUGGUGCCAACUGUAAAGUUUGGUGGAAGAGGAAUAAUGGUCUGGGGCUGUUUUUCAUGGUUCGGGCUAGGCCCCUUAGUUCCAGUGAAGGGAAAUCUUAACGCUACAGCAUACAAUAACAUUCUAGACUAUUCUGUGCUUCAAACUUUGUGGCAACAGUUUGGAGAAGGCCCUUUCCUGUUUCAGCAUGCACAAAGCGAGGUCCAUACAGAAAUUGUUUGUCGAGAUCAUUGUGGAAAAACUUCACUAGCCUGCACAGAGCUUGACUUCAACCCCAUCGGCCACCUUUGGGAUGAAUUGGAACAUUGACUGCGAGCCAGGCCUAAUCACCAAACAUCAGUGCCCGACCUCACUAAUGCUCUUGUGGCUGAAUUGAAGCAAUGAUCCAACAUCUAGUGGAAAGCCUUCCCAUAAGAGUGGAGGCUGUUAUAGCAGCAAAGGGGAGGACCAACUCCAUAUUCAUGCCCAUGAUUUUGGAAUGAAAUGUUUGUCGAGCAGAUGUCCACAUACUUUUGGUCAUGUAGUGUAUAUACAGUGCCUUGCAAAAGUAUUCAUCCCCCUUGGCGUUUUUCCUAUUUUGUUGCAUUACAACCUGUAAUUUAAAUGGAUUUUUAUUUGGAUUUCAUGUAAUGGACAUACACAAAAUAGUCCAAAUUGGUGAAGUGAAAUGAAAAAAAUAACUUGUUUCAAAAAAAUCAAUAACGGAAAAGUGGUGCAUGCAUAUGUAUUCACCCCGUUUGCAAUGAAGCCCCUAAAUGAGAUCAGGUGCAACUAAUUACCUUCAGAAGUCACAUAAUUAGUUAAAUAAAGUCCACCUGUGUGCAAUCUAAGUGUCACAUGAUCUCAGUAUAUAUACACCUGUUCUGAAAGGCCCUAGAGUCUGCAACACCACCAAGCAAGCGGCACCAUGAAGACCAAGGAGCUCUCCAAACAGGUCUAGGACAAAGUUGUGGAGAAGUACAGAUCAGGGUUGGGUUAUAAAAAGAUAUCCGAAACUUUGAACAUCCCACAGAGCACCAUUUAAAUCCAUUAUUACAAAAUUGAAAGAAUAUGGCACCACAACAAACCUGCCAAGAGAGGGCCGCCCACCAAAACUCACGGACCAGGCAAGGAGGGCAUUAAUCAGAGAGGCAACAAAGAGACCAAAGAUAACCCUGAAGGAGCUGCAAAGCUCCACAGCGGAGAUUGGAUGAUCUGUCCAUAUCAAGGAAAACGCUAUGUCUGGCGCAAACCCAACCUCUCAUCACCCCGAGGACACCAUCCCAGUGAAGCAUGGUGGUGGCAGCAUCAUGCUGUGGGGAUGUUUUUCAUUGGCAGGGACUGGGAAACUGGUCAGAAUUGAAGGAAUGAUGGAUGGCGCUAAAUACAGGGAAAUUCUUGAGGGAAACCUGUUUGUCUUCCAGAGAUUUGAGACUGGGAUGGAAGUUCACCUUCCAGCAGGACAAUGACCCUAAGCAUACUGCUAAAGCAACACUCGAGUGGUUUAAGGGGAAACAUUUAAAUGUCUUGGAAUGGCAUAGUCAACGCCCAGACCUCAAUCCAAUUGAGAAUCUGUGGUAUGACUUAAAGAUUGCUGUACACCAGCAGAACCCAUCCAACUUGAAGGAGCUGAAGCUUAUAGAGACAUACCCCAAGAAACUUGCAGCUGUAAUUGCUGCAAAAGGUGGCUCUACAAAGUAUUGACUUUGGGGGGUGAAUAGUUAUGCGUGCUCAAGUUCUGUUUUUUAAUCUUAUUUUUUGUUUGUUAAACGAUAACAUUUUGCAUCUUCAAAGUGGUAGGCAUGUUGUGUAAAAAUCCAUUUUAAUUCCAGGUUGCAAUGCAACAUAAUAGGAAAAACACCAAGGGGGGUGAAUACUUUCGCAAGACACUGUAUAUGGAGAUAGUUUAGUGCCUAAAAUAAGGGGUUAAAUACAUGUAAAAAAUAUGUUGUUUCCUGAUAUUUCUUAUAUCUCUCAGAUAUACUACAGACACUUCAGAACAAACUGAAUUUAGAUUUUUUUGGGGGGGAACUAUCUGUUGUUCCAUGUAGUGAAUCUGUUAUUCAAUGCAUUUCUAUUGGCAAAUAGCAGUUAUGCCAAAUUCAAUGUUUCAUCAAAUAGCUAAAUGAUCCUUGGUAUGACCAUCUUAAAACAAUUCCAUAUGUUAGCUUAUUAUUAUGGGACCAACGCGUUACAUAUUGCGUUUUAUAUUUUUGUUCAGCGACUUAAUAGUACAUGUAUGAAUAUUAUUAUACGUUAUGAUGUGAUAUCUCCACAGCAAAGUAAUCAUGGCACAGACAUGCAUGAGUUUAUAUAUAUAUGAAUAGUACAUGUGUAAAUGUUAUAAUGUAUAUUUUGAUAUCUCCACAGCAAAAUAAACGAGACACAGACCUGCUCCUCGGUGUAGAUGCCCAGGGCCUUCAUAUUUACAGCCCCAACAGCAAACUGAACCCCAACAAGUCUUUCCCCUGGAGCGGCAUCCGCAACAUCUCCUACAGCGAGAAGGAGGUAACCACGGUGAAUCUGCUAUUAUUUAUUUAUUUAUUUAAUUUUCAUUCAAUUAAAAAUACAUCUCUGGCGUUAUGGCUACCUAGCCACGUUAAACCGGCCUGCUCUCGCGAGCUCACAUUCUGUUUUACGUGAAGUAAAAACGAAAUGUGAUCGCAUCAUUCUGGUUUCCCUAAGUUAAUGGCUACCAUCUACUACACAGAUGAUAACAUGUUAUUAACUUUGUCCUAUCCCCUGGUACAGUUCACAAUAAAACCUCUGGACAAGAAGAAAGAUGUUUUCAAAUUCUACUCCUCCCAACUGAGAGUCAACAAACUGGUAGGUUGUUGUUUGUAGGAAGUCAGAGUUAGCGCCAGUUUUAACCUCUUAUCUGGGAAAGCCCAUUUUAACCUGCUCCUGUGUGUGUGUGUGUGUGUGUGUGUGUGUGUGUGUGUGUGUGUGUUCAGAUCCUGCAGCUGUGCAUUGGGAACCAUGACCUCUUCAUGAGGAGGAGGAAGGUGGACUCCAUCGAGGUGCAGCAGAUGAAGUCUCAGGCCAAGGAGGAGAAGGCCCGCAAAAAGGUUAGCUCUCAACACAUCCACAUCCACGCUACUCUACCACCUCCCUGUAUUUGUGUCAUUGUGUCGUUUUCAGAGAUAUGCAGUGUUUCUAUAUAGACUUAGUAUCUUUUCAUUGAAAAAUACUGGCAGCUAUGUUUUGAACAUAGCACUCUGUUCAUGUCAGUUGCUAGCCAGUCUGUUCUCUGAUUGGCUGUUCUGCCUAUCUGUCUGCAGGCAGAGGGUUCUGAUUGGUUGCGAGUGAUAUUGUUUGUUCUCUGAUUGGCUGUACUGCCUGUCCGUCUGCAGGUGGAGCGUCAGAUCCUGGCGCGUGAGAAGCAAAUGAGGGAGGAGGCAGAAAGAGCGAAGGAGGAGAUGGAGAGACGGCUGUUCCAGCUGCAGGACGAGGCACGGCUGGCCAAUGAGGCGCUGGUGAGGGUGGCGUCUGUUCCAUGAGGGCGGGGUCUCCUUAGGAAUGUUUAUGAACUGUCUAUAAGUGUUGAGUCUGCUUAUGAAGGUGUUGUGUCUGCUUAUGAAGGUGUUGUCUGCUUAUGAAGGUGUCUGCUUAUGAAGGUGUUGUGUCUGCUUAUGAAGGUGUCUGCUUAUGAAGGUGUUGUGUCUGUUCGUAGCUGCGUUCAGAGGAGACUGCAGACCUGCUGGCGGAGAAGGCCCAGAUUGCCGAGGAGGAGGCCAAGCUGUUGGCCCACAAGGCUGCCGAGGCGGAGCAGGAGAGGCAGAGGAUAGAGGCCACGGCCCUCAAGACCAAGGAGGAGAAGAGACUGAUGGAGCAGAAGAUGAGGGAGGCAGAGCAGCUGGCCGUCAAACUGGUGGAGCAGUCAGAGAGGAGGUACAGAUAUUACUGUCAAUAUUCAUGUUGUUAUUAUUAGUGUUUUAGUUGAAGAAUAAGUAGUAGUAAAGGUCAAAUGUAGCCACGAGCAGCAGGAGGAACGGCGGAGGUAGCAGAUGAGCUUAAAGCAGCAGCAGGAGGAACGGCGGAGAUAGCAGAUGAGCUUAAAGCAGCCGCAGUAGGAACGGCAGAGAUAGCAGAUUAGUUUAAAGCAGCCGCAGGAGGAACGGCAGAGAUAGCAGAUGAGCAUAAAGCAGCCGCAGGAGGACAGGCAGAGAUAGCAGAUUAGUUUAAAGCAGCCGCAGCAGGAAUGGCAUAGAUAGCAGAUGAGCUUAACCUAAGACAAUGUACUCACACAGAGUGUCUGAACAUGUGCCUGGGGUGCGCUUCGCUGUGCACCAUUGUGAUAGCUGCGACCCCAAACCGCAGAGAGGUUUAGCCUCCCACUUGGCGCUCUUGGUUCUAAAAGUCGGCCCAGCUCUGCUGUGUACUUUGUGCGUUGCUGACUCUACCUUGAAGUCAAUGAACAGUAAGUAGCGGUUCCUCCCUGCAGGUCGAAGGAGGCGGACCAUCUGAAGCAGGACCUGACGGAGGCCAAGGAUGCUGAGAGGAGAGCCAAGCAGAAACUCCUGGAGAUCACCAAGACCACUUACCCGGUACAGAAAACUAGAACCCUAACCAAGACCACUUACCCGGUACCUGAACCAUCACUUUAGAGCUCACCACUACUACAAUCACCACUAUGACAUACCCAGUACACUCCACACCAUAACCAUACUGAUCAUGUCUAACAACAGACAGUAGAGGUCAUCAAAACCACAUCCUCCAUUUUUCCUGGCCCCUCUCUCUGACUGGCCCCUCUCUCUGACUGGCUCCUCUCUGACUGGCCCCUCUCUUUUUCUCUCUCACUGUGUGUGUUCCAGCUCAUAGCGGCCUACUCCACCCCCCCUCCUCCCCCAGAAGGAGGAGACCUAGCUCUGGGAUCCGGAUCGAUGCGGAUCGACUUUAAAGACUCUGAUAUGAAGAGACUGUCAAUGGAGAUAGAGAGGGAGAGGUGAGCUGGGCUCCCUCCCAAAUGGCAUCCCAUUUCCUAUGUAGUGCACAAAUUUUGACAAGGGUCCAUAGGGCUCUGGUCUAAAGUAGUGCACUAGAUAGGGGACACAGUGUCAUUUGGGACACAACCCUGGAGCUUGGGCUGCGUUUCAUUCCAAAAAGUUUUUCCCUUUUCUCAUGACCUUGUUUACUCUGCUUCGAAAACUGAUAUUGUUACAUAGGUGAAGGCUAUCUCACUCUCUCUCUGCCCUCCACCCUCUCUCCCUCCACCCUCUCUCUCUCUCUCUCUGCCCUCCACCCUCUCUCCCUCCACCCUCUCUCCCUCCCUCCUCUCCCUCUCUCCCUCCACCCUCUCUCCCUCUCUCUCUCCCUCCACCCUCUCUCUCUCGCUCUCUCUCUGCCCUCCACCCUCUCUCCCUCCUCCUCUCCCCUCCCUCCUCUCCCUCCACCCUCUCUCCUCCCCCUCUCUCUCUCUCUCCUCCUCUCCCUCCACCUCCACCCUCUCUCCCUCCACCCUCUCUCCCUCCACCCUCUCUCUCUCGCUCCUCUCCACCCUCUCCUCCCUCUCCCUCUCUCCCUCCCUCUCUCCUCCCCUCUCCUCCCCUCUCUCCUCCACCCUCUCCUCCCUCCUCUCUCUCUCCCCUCACCCCUCUCUCCUCUCCCUCCCCACCUCUCCCUCCCUCCGCCCCUUCCCUCCACCCUCCUCUGCUCUCCCUCUCUGCCCCACCCUCUCUCCCAUCCACCCCUCUCUCCCUCCACCCUCUCUCCCUCCACCCUCUCUCGCUCCCUCUCCCAGACUGGAGUACGUGGAGAAGAGUAAACACCUGCAGGACCAGCUGAAGGAGCUGAAGUCGGAGAUUGAGUCUCUGAAGCUGGAGGAGCAGCAGCAGCAGCAGGCUGGGGUCUACGGCCUCCGCAACGAGUCCCGCGGCUACCCCCCAGAACCACCCUACAUGCCCCAUAGUAAUGUAAGAACUACUCCCCAGAACCACCCUACAUGCCCCAUAGUAAUGUAAGAACUACUCCCCAGAACCACCCUACAUGCCCCAUAGUAAUGUAAGAACUACUCCCCAGAACCACCCUACAUGCCCCAUAGUAAUGUAAGAAGUACCCCCCAGAACCACCCUACAUGCCCCAUAGUAAUGUAAGAAGUACCCCCCCAGAACCACCCUACAUGCCCCAUAAGUAAUGUAAGAACUACCCCCAGAACCACCCUACAUGCCCCAUAGUAAUGUAAGAACUACUCCCCAGAACCACCCUACAUGCCCCAUAGUAAUGUAAGAAGUACCCCCCCAGAACCACCCUACAUGCCCCAUAGUAAUGUAAGAAGUACCCCCCCAGAACCACCCUACAUGCCCCAUAGUAAUGUAAGAAGUACCCCCCCAGAACCACCCUACAUGCCCCAUAGUAAUGUAAGAAGUACCCCCCCAGAACCACCCUACAUGCCCCAUAGUAAUGUAAGAAGUACCCCCCCAGAACCACCCUACAUGCCCCAUAGUAAUGUAAGAACUACCACCAGAACCACCCUACAUGCCCCAUAGUAAUGUAAGAACUACCCCCCAGAACCACCCUACAUGCCCCAUAGUAAUGUAAGAACUACCCCCCAGAACCACCCUACAUGCCCCAUAGUAAUGUAAGAACUACCCCCCCAGAACCACCCUACAUGCCCCAUAGUAAUGUAAGAAGUACCCCCCCAGAACCACCCUACAUGCCCAUAGUAAUGUAAGAACUACUCCCUAGAACCACCCUACAUGCCCCAUAGUAAUGUAAGAACUACCCCCAGAACCACCCUACAUGCCCCAUAGUAAUGUAAGAACUACCCCCAGAACCACCCUACAUGCCCCAUAGUAAUGUAAGAGCUACUCCCCAGAACCACCCUACAUGCCCCAUAGUAAUGUAAGGACCAGGAAAAACUCAGGGGCCCGUUUAAGAGAUGUAUUUUUCCUUCUCAAACAUUUUUGUCUUUGUUCUUUCAGAGAAACUCCGCCUACAUGGCUCAGAUGGCUUUUUUUGAGGAAGUGUGAUCCAACUGCCAUUGGAUGAAACAGGGCUAGGCUAAGUGCCAUUGGAAGACACGCAGGGAGGCGGGACAUUGGUUGUGACUCAUCGUUCCUGAAUACCAAGAUAUGCCUACUUCAUCUAUUUUUGUUUUGUGCCUGACAAAAGGAACACACACACACACACUCCCACA